AUGUCGUCGCGCCCCAUCCCCGCCGACCCCCGCGGCGAUGCCUGGCUGCAGCCAGGCCCGGCGCACCGCCACGUCGCGCUGCCCGACGACGGCGUCGUGUUCGCCAACUCGGCGUACCGCGCGCUCUACGAGCUCUCGACCUCGCCCGAGAUCCUCUUCGAGGAGCAGGCGCUCCGGAAGGGCUGCACCUGGAGCGAGGACCUCACCCUGUGCACCGGCGUCGGCUACCUCGCGGGCGCCGUCGCGGGGCUCCCCCGCGCGGCCGUCGAGGCGGAGCGCGGCGAGUCCUUGAAGCUGCGCGCCAGCCGCGUCCUCAACAACUGCAGCUCCGUGGGCCGCUCCUACGGCAACCGGGUCGGCGUGAUCGCCAUGCUCUUCUCCGGCACCAAGUCUGGCAUCAGCCACUACAGGUCUGGGGCGGACGACUGGAUCAACACCGCGGCCGCCGGGGUUAGCACCGGCGCGCUCUACCGCAUGCCCGGCGGGCCGCGGUCCGCCAUAGUCGGCGGCAUCGUCGGAGGGAUCAUGGCCGGGGCCGCCUUGCUUGCUGGGAAACCGCUGAUCGAAAAAUUCGCGCCCAAUCUUGGCAUCCGAAAUACAUGUAGUCUUAUGGUGCUGCACUAUCUUAUUUGGCCAAAUUCAACAUAGAGU